AUGUCUGCACUACCCGAGAUGGCAGAGACCAAGGAUACCAAGGGUGCUGUUGAUACCAGCAUUGAGGCAGCGAUCGAUGUCAAUGCCGCAAGCGAAGACAAGGCACUGGCUCUGCUCGCGGCUCAUCAUGUUGAGUUUGAUCCCAAUUCGGCCGAGUCAAAGCGGGUGCUACGCAAGAUUGAUGCUCGAAUCAUGCCCAUGAUCUUUGUUGUCUAUCUCCUGCAAUUGAUGGACAAGAAUAGCUUGUCGUUCGCGGCAAUCAUGGGCAUCAGACAGGACACCCACCUCACGCCUAGCCAGUAUUCCUGGUUGGGCUCCAUCGUCUACUUUGGGUACUUGGGUGGCGAGAUCCCUGCGACGUUUUUCAUGCAACGAGUCCCUCUGGCCAGGUAUGUUGCUAUCAUGUGCAUGCUCUGGGGAAUUGUUGUCGCCAUGCAUGCAGUCUGUCCCGACUUUGGCAGUCUUGCCGCCGUGAGACUCCUCCUAGGCUUCAUCGAGGUCUGCACGGCGCCGGCCGCCAUCUAUAUUACGAGCUCGUGGUACACGAAAAAGGAGCAGGUUUCUCGGGUGGCAAUUUGGUACUCGACAUCCGGCUGGGCGGCAGUCUUCGGCGGCUUUUUCGCCUGGGCCAUCUAUCACGCAGACGGUUUCCGAUGGCAGGGUUUGUUUGUCUUCUACGGGGCCCUGACCUUCUGCUUCGGCGUCAUCCUGUUCUUUUUCCUUGCCGCAUCGCCGACCGAGGCAAAGUGGCUAACAGAGGACGAGAGGGUCAUUGCUCUAGAACGAGUGCGAGACAAUAAGACGGGCACCGAGGUCUGGAAGUUUAGCUGGCCUCAACUCAAGGAAACAUUCUUGGACGUUCGCUUUUACAUAACAUUCUUGCUGUUGGUGUCCACUGGCCUCCCCAACGGUGGUGUCACCGCCUUUGGCCCGUCUAUUAUCGCUGCGUUUGGCUUCAGUACCUCUCAAACAACUCUGUUGAACAUGGGGUCAGGAGGAUCUCAGGUGGCCGGCACCUUUCUUGCCCUGAUCAUUGCUAGAUAUACCAACCGGACCAUAGCCGGUGUGUAUACCCUGGUACUCGCAUGCACCGGGGUAGUCAUGAUGUUGGCUAUUCCCGCCGAGAACAAUGGAGCCCGCUAUGGAGGAUUCAUUCUCACGAUGCAGUUUCCCAUCUGCGUUCUCUUCAUCAUAACCUUCUUGACGGCUGGCAUCGGUGGCUCGACCAAGAAAUUUGCCUUUGGAGCAGCGUACCAGCUCGGAUAUGCAGUCGGUAAUAUCGUCGGACCUCAAACAUUCAGGGCAAACGAUGCACCUGAUUACUACACUGCCAAAUACACCAUGCUUGCGUUUCUGAUCUUUACAGCCAUUCUCAUUGUGGCCCUUGGGUCGAUCCAUAAGAUGUGGAAUGUGAGAAGGGACAAGCGAGAGGCUCUGGAACCUGAGGGUUCUGUACCCCACAUUGAGAAUGAGGAAUUUGCAGAUCUGACGGACUUUAAGAUUCGAUCUUUCAGAUACCCUCUGUGA